AACUAACUAAGUUAAAAAAAACAAGUGUCUAAUUGAAACAGCAUCGAGUGGUGCAGUGAUUUACCAGCAAGAAAGCGUGAAAGUGAAUGGCGGCAGCAGCUGCAGUGAUUUGUGCAAAGAAUUUAUGAGUGAAAGAAGAAACGAAAGCCCAAGUUUAUGCCAUUGCCGCUGUACACGCGCGUUGCAUUGAAAAGUGAACGUGCUAGCAAUUGGGUGCGAAAUAAUUCCCGCAGCAGAAUAAUUCCAACUCUCAGCAGGAACCAACGGGCAGGAAAGUGAGUGAGAAGCAGAAGAAAAGAAAAAAAAGUUAUAUUCCAGGUUCGUCGCUUGUGCGUUGUGUGCGCUCCGCACCGCACAAGUCUUUCGUUGUUUGGAGGAGCUAAAUCUUGCUCCGCGCACAAGGCAAAACAGGAACGGAAAGAGGAGGCAGAGAGCGAGAAAAGAAUCUGGAAGUAAAAGUGAAACGCGCGUCCGGACGUGCGCACACACACACACAUAGUGCGCACAACGCGAGCUGAGAGGUUCUCUCUUUCUGCACGCAAAGGGCCGCUCGUCCAGCGAGGAAUUCCAACGUUCGAUCGAUCCCGCAGCCGUCCCACUCACGCUCACACACACACACACACUUGUACGUGUCGCGGACAGCGGACAGCAUCCCGUCAGCGGCGCGUCCCUUCACAUCAUUAAGCACGUCCCGCAGGGUGCGUGGAGGAACGAUCAUUUAUUAUUGGAAAAGAACAGAUUCUUGCUCCAUCCCGAAACAAUCCUACGCGAAUGUACUGCGCCGGGAAAAGAUGAGCGUCGAAAGAGCGCAGCAGCUCAACACGGCAGCAGCAACAGCAGCAUCAACACCAUCCUCAUCUAGUAGCUAUUGCGGUGUCUUACAUUUCCCAGCAACCAAGCGGAAAUAGGCUCUCAUCUAGUAGGCCGCAACAAAAGGACGGAAAGAACGAACGUCUUCUCGACGACGAAGGGAGGACGAAUCUAAUUUUAAGUAAGAAGCGUCCCACAGAAUCCAGCAGCAAUCAUGCCAGCAAAACGACACACUCGCUGGGAUGGUCCCACAAGAGACACACAACAGAUGGCGUACAUCUACCGACUGAUAGCAGCCAUGCUGGUCGGCCUCUGCCUAAGUGCGGUGGCGACGACGGCAAGCACCUUUCCAAAGCAAUCCCCUAGCUGUAACUCCCCACAAGACUGCACCACCACCGCCACCACCGACGCGUUGGCCGGCAAAUCGAAACGAUCGGCCAUCAUGAACGAGCUUACACCGCGAUCGGCCAGCGGCGACCGAAGCCUGCUCGCCGUCUCCUUCGACAGCAACAGCAAUAGUGUGCUGGAGGCCACCGGUCCGUCCGGCCGCAACGGCAAGGAUCUGCUCGACGAGUCCUACCAGCGCACCAAGGAGCUGGCCAUGAACAUAUCGAACGUGCAGCGAGCAGUGCUUGCCUCCCAGCAGAACCGUCCGCCCGUGUUUCGAGUGCCGGGACCGGCACCACCACAAUCGCAAGGCAGCCGGCAGAAUCCGAACCCGGACAUACAAGACAUCAUCACCGGGAUUGUGAAGCUGCUGAAUGGUAAUGUGAAUGUGCACGCGAAUCCUCAGCCCACUAGGCGCCAUUCGGCCUCACGCAUCAACAACCGAGGACCUCCGCGUAUAUCCGAAGCUCAACCACUGCCGAACGAGUACGAAGGAGAGCUAGGUGCACCGACCUCCUCGCGACCUUUGCUCCAACCGGACCAGCAAGGCCAGCAGCAACCUUCGGGCCCUCCACAAUCGGGCCCACGGCCAGACGGUCAUCCUAUAAGGCCCUUCCUCACCGGAGUUCCCAUUCCGGAGCAAAUUGUGCCGUCCAUGCAGCAAACAUACCGACCUGGAUUUGUGUCACAGAACAGACCGCCCUGGCAGAGACCGAAACCGCGACCACCGAUAUCUCCCAAUCGACGACCUAUUCCACCGUACAAACCGUAUCCAACGAGUCUCGACUAUCGACCGGACAGCGGGCCCAACACGGGUCCGAUUGCUAUUCCUACCAACAACGACGGUGGCAAUGCGAUCGACAACGUAACGGAGAAGGUCAUUGAGGAUCCACCGUACGAGGCUCCAACGAGUGGUGGUGGCAACUAUCCCACAACGACACAGCAGGGCAACACGGGGGAAGUAGAUCCAGAGCAGGAGUACACGACUACAACGAGCACAUCAACCACGACGUCGGAAAGCGAUCAACAGCAACCAAUAACUGGUCCACCGAAGCGAAAAUCCACUCCGAAACCGACGCCACCGACCGAGGUACAGUACACGAUCGAGUCGGCAACGAGUGCGGCCAGCGUGAUGCCUGCGACCGGUCCGAACGGGGAGGUGUACGAUCCGGAAGUAGUGCCCAGCGUGUUCGAGAUCAACUCGAUCGAGUAUCUCCCAUCGAGCGGUGUGCUAGAACCGACCCCCUCGACGACCGAUGGCAUCAUUGCGACGUCCAGCACUGCUGGAAUUGAACCCUCGAAUGGCGGAGAUCAUUCGCCAACGAUCACUCCAACGCCCACCCUGGUGUUGACGAGUGAAACGAUCAAGACAACGACAACGACCACAACAACGACGACAACAACGACGACUACAACGACGAGUCCUGCUGGUUUGCCACACAGCACGACUUCGGACGUGAUUGCACCAUCGAAAGCCUCGCCCGAGCCGGCCAAAACUUCCGACUAUCGGUUCCAACCACGCCCCGGACUGGUGCUGGACGAUCCGGACUUUAAGCCGGGAGGCGGUGCUGCCGCCGCUGGUCCUGGCAAUAGUAAUGCGAUUCGUACGCAAAACCUGCCCCCAUUCGCUAACCGGCCCGAGAUCUACACCGCUCCACCGCCGGGAGCAGGAUCGGGCGCACCCGGUGGACGGCCGCCGAACUAUGGCGAGAUCUUCGACGUGACACUGUCCGCCAUCCAGGGUCCUGGGUCGGGUGGGUCCGGAUCACAGCAGACGAUCAAAAUCAAUCCGUAUUACAACCGAGGACAGCCGGGUGGUGGUGCUGGUGGUGGACCGGGAGGCGAGGCAAGCAUCAUCCUAACAGGCACCGGCACCGAUGGGUUCGUUUCGAUCGAUGGUAAACGAUCGUACAUCGAUCUGUUCGGCACGGAAACGCAACGAAAAACGCAGAUCCAACCCACUGCUACCCGCCCCGUUGGUCCGAUUGCAGCGACGGAGCGGCCAAAGCCACCGAAGAUCGGUCCAACGCCACCGGCACUGCAGCCCGGCAUCAUCGGCACGGGAUACGCUGUGCCGGAAACGGAAUCCCCCGUACAUGCCGGCCCGAUCGGAUCGAAUCAAAAGCCUCCCUCGGGUGGUGGAGCGGCAGGCGGAUCGGUUCAUCGUGCUCCCUCCGUACAUCAGAGUCGUCCGAAGUAUCCGGGCGCGAUCGGACUACCACCGGUGCGUAUCGACACGUGCAUCGUUGGGGAUGAUUCUACGUGCGAUCAGGCACAGAAUGAACGAUGCAAGACGGAAAAUGGCGUUUCGAGUUGUCACUGCCGGCCCGGGUACGCAAGACGCAAGCACCGAGAACCUUGUCGACGCAUCGUGUCCUUGGCACUGUCGAUGCGCGUGGACAAGAUCUACGAGCGGCGGAUCCAUUGGGACGUGUCGUUGGCGGAUCGAAGCAGCGAGAAGUAUCAGCAGCUAAGCUACGAAGCGAUCCGAGCGAUGGACUCUGCCAUGUCAAUGACGCCGUUCUCGGACGAAUUCCUGGAGGCACGCAUCAACGGCAUCUACACGGUCAAUCCGUCCAGUGGGUCUGCCGCCUCCGGUGCCUCUUCCGGUGCCGUCUUUGUCAACUACACCGUCAAUUUGGACGAAAAUGCGGAAACACUGCGACCCGCGCUUCGGUCGGACAUUCAGCGCCAUCUGCUGGGGGUGAUCCAUCGGCGGAACAACAAUAUCGGCAACUCGGCCCUGUACGUCGAGGCACCGACCGGGGCCGUCUCGAGCGUACAGGACGUGGAUGAGUGUACGUCGGACGAGCUGAACGAUUGUGACGAGGAAGCGCACUGUACCAACCUGUUCGGUACGUUCCGGUGCGAGUGUAACGUCGGCUUCCGGGAUCCGUGGGCCGACCAGCCGCAGCGAGCGGGGCGAGAGUGUCUGUCCUGUCCGGAGUCGUACUGCACGAACCGGGGCACCUGUAGCUACGACAAUGCGAACAAUCGACAGGUUUGCAAGUGUCUUGGCAGUUACUACGGGACGCAGUGUGAGAUCGAUGGGGAGGUGCUGGGUGUCGCUGUUGGUGCCUCGGUGGCCGCCGUCAUCAUCAUUGUGCUGACGCUUAUCUGUCUCGUUAUGUGGAGCCGGAAGUGGCAGCGAGAGCACAAAAAUGCAAUGGGCAGCCCCGUGUUUGGGUAUCUGGGCAAUGGGCAGGUGAAGACACCGGUCAUGGGACAGGCACCGUACCAGGUGACGCUAGAGGAUCGCAUGCGGUGGGCGCAGAUUGCGGACGUAAUGGCUCAAGCGAAUCAUUACGCGGUAAGCUACAUCGAUGCUGAGCCCGUUGCAGGACGUCCAUCGUCGGCCAUGUAUGGCUAUCCCAAUCUACAGACGAUCGGUAGCAUGAACACGCUGUCGCUACACGGAACCUUACCCAUGCACACCGGCACCUUACCGCCAGUUCCGUUGCCAAGAACCCUUGGACUGAACCGAAAUGGCAUGCGAACGUUGGAAAACUCGAGCUCCAGCGAGGAGGAGGACCGGGCCGAUCUGCUCGGCCGCAACUUCAAUGUCCCCCGGCCAAAGAGCCGUAGCAAUGCGAGCGUUACGUCCGGCAUCUACUACGACGUGGAUUACGCACCGACGGGAGCGGAGCAGCUGUACGGUGGGGGCAGCACACUGGGCGGCACGAUAGGACUGGGCGGGCAGAUGGGCGGCGGUGGCGUCGGCGGAGGUGGAAUGGGUGCUGGUGGCACAACGAAAUCGCAAAGCAGCAUACCAAUGAGCACCUACACCUCUUCCGGCCGGCCAUUACAAUCGACGUACUACAAGUGAAGCUGAGCGAAGCGAUCAUUUUCCGUUUCUUCUAUUUUGUUUUUGGCCACAAACACGCACACAUACACGAGAGACGGAAUAUGGGCACCGCGGGUCGAUCUCGUUGUGAUAAAUUUGAUUGAUUUCGGAACUGAUCGCGAGUCGAUGGGAGGGGGUAAGGUCGGAAAAAGGAUCAUUAGCCCCGGUCUCCCGGCGAGACGGACUGUAGACGUUGAGGAGCAUGAGAGAAAGAGAGAGAGAUGAAUUGCGUGUGAAAAAGUGUACAUAUAGUGCAAGGAAAGCAAGGAACAAGUUCUGUUAGUCUGAUGUUAGGCGUAGGCGUAGCUUUAAGUGCAGGUAUUAAAUUUAGUUGUAGCGCGAAAGGCAUUCUGUAUUUAACACAAAUCAACACAAACACGUGAGAGUAUGCAGUAAGUAGUAGUUGAGUGUAAAUGAUAAAAAAAAACAACACAAAAUAGGCAUCGCCCGUAUUCCGGCCCUGAUUCAGUUGGACCGCUGAUCGGAACAGAGAGGCAACAGUUACAGUAACAGACAAAAAACAAUAAAUGAAUAUAAACAAUCUUGUGUUAAUGC